GAAUAUGAAGAGCUUAGAGCAGAAAAUAAGAAAACGAAAGAAGAGUGUGACAAAAUCAAGCAAGAACGAGAUGAAGCUGUCAAAAAACUGGAGGAGUUUCAGAAAAUUUCUCACAUGGUUAUUGAGGAAGUAAACUGCAUUCAGAACCAUCUUGAAAUUGAGAAGACGUGCCGUGAAAGUGCUGAGGCUUUGGCUUCUAAGCUGAACAAAGAAAAUAAGACAUUGAAAAGAAUUAGUAUGCUUUAUAUGGCAAAACUGGGCCCAGAAAUUAUCACUGAAGAGAUUAACAUUGAUGAAGACGAUUCAUCCACAGAUACAGAAGCUAACUCUGGAUCAUGCAAUUCUGUGCAUUGUCAGCAGCAAAUAAAAGAGCUGCGAGAUCAAAUCGUAUCUGUUCAUGAGGAAAAGAAGACCUUAGCCAUUGAACUGGAAAACCUGAGGUGCAAACUUGUAGAAGUAAUUGAAGAAGUGAAUAAAGUGAAAGAAGAAAAGGCUGUUUUGACAACAGAAGUUAAUAAGCAGCAAAAACUGUUGGAGAAAUGUAACAGAGUAUCUGUGCUGGCAGUAGAGGAAUAUGAAGAGCUUCAUGAAAACCUUGAACUGGAAAAGAACCUGCGGAGGAAAGCAGAGUCGUUUGCACAAGAGAUGUUUAUUGAACAAAAUAAGAUGAAAAGGCAAAGUCAAUUGCUUCUGCAAAAUUCUGCUCCUGAUCAACAGCUUUUGAAGGCUUUGGAUGACAAUGCUAAGCUAACCCAUACAUUAGAAGAAGAGAGGCUUCAACACCAACAAAAGAUCAAAGAAUUGGAAGAGCAGCUAGAGAAUCAAGCACUGCAUAAGGAGAUUAGUCGUCUUAAACAGCAACUAGAACUUUUGGAAGAAGAUAAAAAGGAACUAGAGCUUAAGUGUCAGAACGCAGAAGAAAAAGCUAGAGACCUAAAGCAUUCAGUUGAUGAACUUCAAAAACGAAUACAGCAGUCUGAAAAUCCUGCACCACCUCCUCCACCGCCACCUCCUCCUCCUCUUCCUCCUCCCCCUCCUCCUAACCCUAUACGGUCUCUCAUGUCAAUGAUUCGCAAGAGAUCCCACUCCAACACCAACGUGAGUAAGAAGGAGAAACCUCCUCAGCAGGAGUCAGGUGAAGAAGUUACGGAUCUGAAGAGACAAGCUGUUGAAGAAAUGAUGGACAGAAUUAAAAAGGGAGUUCAUCUGAGACCAGUCAACCAGUCAAGCAGGCCUAAAACAAAGCCAGAAACACCAAAGCCCUCUGAAAGUGCAAUGAAAGAAUUAAAAGGGAUUUUGGACACAUUGAACAAAUCCACUAGUUCCCGAAGCUUAAAGUCCCUUGAAACAGACAGCAGUGAAACAGAGCUGGAACGAGUUCUGCGCCGCCGCAAGGUGACCACUGACCAGGACAGCGGCAGUCCCACUGGAAUCUUGGCCACAUCAGAAUCAAAAUCUCUGCCUGUGCUGGGUUUGGGAGCCAGUGCCGCACAAGCAGCAUUGAACAAGAAAGAACUGGAGACGGAAUUCAGUUCCAAAGUACCCGACUCAGGUCCUGUCUCUAACCAGCUUAAGGGUGUCACAGGCUCCAAGCCUACGUUACAAUCAACUAGCCAUACAGAAUUUACAAGAAAGGCUUCUAGCAGUGAAAAAGAGACAGAAUCCAUUGUAGUUUUAGAUCCUGUUUCCACCAGUGGGAAUCAGACACCUGAAAACAUGCUGAAUCGGAACAAAAUGAAAGAAGAAGCAAGCAAGGCGCUGCAUAAAGAAACUAAUGUUGAGAAAAUAAGAGAAACAGACAGUUCUAACUGUUAAUUGUUAUUCUGAAAGGCUGUAACUUUUGCGAACCAUUAUCUGGACAUGUAAAUUGCUUAGGUGUGUUACUAGGGGCUACGGUCUGUACUCCAAACAGUUUUCAGUAAUAUCGAUUGAAAUGGUCUUUUGUAUGCAGUUUUGUUACAUGCAUUAAAGUGUUAAAUAACUAUGUAUCACUCAAAAUCCCUUUCUAUGGUUAAUAUUUUCUUAGAUAUUGUCAGUUACCUUUUCUUUAAAACUACAUUUGAAAAGGCUUUUUAAAUUAUUCUUUUGUUG